CACCUGUUUUACAAAAUUCAUUUUGUGCAUGAAAAUAUUUUGAGGCACAAGCAAUAUGUUUAAAAUCUCAUACAGUAUUGUUGUUCUUGCAAUCAUCAUUCUGUGUAGCAAAGAAACGUACCUGAAAAUGUUUUACGGAGAAAGAACAAAUGACUACCCAAAAUCCUCUUGCCUGGACAUUGGUAAAUUUCAAAGUACGGGAAGAUGUCUCGCGGUGUGCGGAACUACACUUGAAAUGCUCAUUAUGAUCAGCCACAAUAUGGAAACACAUACAUGCAUGUGUUGUGAUGACAUUACGGGAAGUGACAUCAUCGGUUCAAACUGGAAGACAUAUAUCCCACCACAAUGUGGAUACCAUUAUGUUACAUACGACUUGUUCUCAUUCCAAACGUGUUUGAAGUUUACUGGUGUCAAUGUCACGUAUCCUUCAGCUGUCGCAAACUGUCAAGCGGAAAGAAGCAGUGUUAUUAAGAUUGAUUCACAGGAAAAGUUCGACAUAUUCAAACACUAUGUUGUACCAAUCGCCAACAAUACAGUGACACAGGUGUGGGUACAAGGAGAAAAGGUUGGCCAGCAGUGGCAGUUUCAUGAUGGAAGCCCAAUGCCAGACUUUUGUCCUAUCAGCAUGAGCAAUUCUUCCUCGGAAAUUCGUCUGCGAGCCCACGGGAGAACUAGUUUUACGUGCGUUGAUACCAAUGAUAACAGCAAAUAUUAUUACUUGUGCGAGCACUAUCGUGUCCUGGCCAUCAGCAACUGAUACGUUUACAAUAUUUUGGA